AUGCCCCAAUCGGCUGAUCUCCUUUUGCCGAGGGCGAAUGGAAUCAUGAUGGGCAGCAUUUUGCCAGCAGCCCCAACCCCCUCGCAGCCCCCAUCAUCACAGUACUCCUCUGGAUUGGCCCCCCGGUUGGCCGGCGUGGAGAAUUUGUCCGAAAGCCAGAAGAAAUGCUGCGAUGACCUCAUUAUUCUGUCGUCUCGAGCAAAUGGGACGAGGGAGGUGCCCAGCCACGAGUCGCGCCAUGGUCUGUGGAGGCGUGUAUUUUCAAACCACUGGACGACAGAUCACCCGAAUAAGCACCCGGGUCCAAUCCGUGCGAGGCGAGCUGUUGAUGCGAUGACCAACAUCGGCACCUGGCGUGUUGACCUACCGCCAUCUGCAUCGCUGGGCAAGAGAAAGAGGAACGAUCAUGGGCGAAAAAAUGAGCAUCGCAAGGCCGGCGCCGCUGCAUUCAUCAAACCAAACAUUAACUGGGAUGACUUUGGCGUCUCAUUCUCUGUAUGCGACGCGAACAGUGCUAAUGCGAAUGCUAAAUACGUAUCUUUAAGGGAAGGAUGGACGCUUCAGCAGGCUAGAGCUGAAGCCAUGAUUCACUGGGAUGAGCGGGAGUGCCAACGGGUAAUCGAGCACAAUGAAGAUCUGGUGGUUUGCUGGGCGCGGUCGCGCCUUAUUACGUCCUUGCGGGCACUUCAGUCGGAGUCGCACCCUAUCACCAUACCUGAUGAGGUGACAGUAAAUACCGAUGAGCUGGUUAGGCUCGUUACGUGUGCCGAUAGGGUCAAGGAAAUGGCGACUCUCAUCGACGAGUCGGAGAGGAUUGCCGGAAGUCGCCCUAUCCAUAGACAACGCUGGCAAGACGCCCUUUGA